AGAGGGAAGGAGGGAAAGAAUGAAGGAAAAAAUAAAGAAAUAGGGAGGAAGGAAGGAAGGAAGGAAAGAAGAAACAGUCAAAACAGAUGGGGUCAAUUUGACCCGGGAGGACGACAGGAUGGUUAAGAAGUCUCAUUUUCAGCAACUCAUGAUGUCAUCAUCGUGCGUCCUCGUCGGCCAUUGUUCUGCACACACAAAGCUCACCCAUUCAUCAGCUAUGACACACUCUGAUAUCACCCACUGUGGUUGUCAUGGUGUCAAUAUUUACCAGCAGUCCUGUGACAGUGAGUUGGUGAACAAGGAAGUUGACCCCACCGAGCCGCCAUCAUGGCCCUGGUUCAGGCUCUUCCCAUACCUGCUGAGCCCCACAACCCCGGCCUCAGCGGAGGAGCUCGCCGACGCCGCCCCUCCGGCUCCUCUCCCCCCAUCAACGCUCCCCCCUCCACUCUGGAUCCUAUGGGUUCAGUCAGCAGCCUCAUCGCCACCCGCCCCGGCCCCUACCAGGACCACCACCGCUCCGCCGUAGAGCUGGGAGCCAGGAUCCGAAGGCCGACGCCCGGCGCUUCCUGUCUGAGCUCCGAAUCUCCAGAGGACCCGUUACUGCAGAGCCGCACCCCUCCGGUGAAGAAACAGAGCUCCACCACGUCCAGCAGGGGGCUGGAGAAGGAGAGCGGGAACGGGAACUACGCCUAUCUGAACGAGGACUAUGUGGGCGACUGGAAUGAUAACCUGAUGACGGCAGCGAGUCCUGGGAGCGAGUCAGACGAGACUAGAGGAUCAGGGAUGAAUGGGAACAUGGGGGGACCUCCUCCAAAACUGAUCCCUGUGUCAGGAAAACUGGAGAAGAACAUGGAGAAAACCGUGCUGCGACCCACCGCCUUCAAACCCGUCAUCCCUAAGAGCCGGACGUCCAUGCAGUACCUCUCCCCUCGCCACUGUGCCAACGCCUCAGAAAGCCAAAACAACCUGAACCUGCUCAGCCCGUCUCACAGGGAGGUGUCUCCGUCGUGCUCGGAGAAGCGCAGCUCGUACAGCGGGGGGCGUAACGGCGGCGGCGGAGGCAGCAGCCAAUCCUGCUCGCUGUCCGACUCGGGCCGUAACUCUCUGUCCAGCCUGCCGCCGUACAGCAGCGCCGGCUACGGCCCGGCGUCGGCCGAGGCCACCGGUGGACACCUGGAGCCGAUGAAGAGCGCUCCGCCCGUCAACGCUCACGUGCACUCUAACUCAGACAGCGGGCGCUCGUCGUCCAGUAAGAGCACGGGCUCCGGGUCCAUCAGCGGGCGAGGGCAGCCCCUGUCGGACAGCGGGUCCAGCGGGCGAUCCCCCGGCCCGGUGGAGGGGUACGAGGGCGUGGUGAGAGACCUGGAGGACAAGCUGAGGGAGAGAGAGCUGGAGCUGCAGCAGCUCAGAGACAAUCUGGACGAGAACGAGGCGGCAAUCUGUCAGGUGUAUGAGGAGAAGCAGAAGCGCUUCGAGCUGGAGUUGGAGGAGCUGAGGCAGGGCUGUGCUACCAGGAUGCAGGUCGCCUCUCAGAAGGCCCAACGAGCCCAGCAGGUGCUUCAGCUGCAGGUUUAUCAGCUCCAGCAGGAGAAGAAGAAGCUGCAGGAGGACUUCGCUCAGCUCCUGAAGGAGAGGGAGCAGCUGGAGGAGCGUUGCACCUCCUACGAGCACGAGAAGAUCCAGCUGGGACCCCGGCUAGAGGAGACCAAGUGGGAGGUCUGCCAGAAGUCAGGUGAGAUCUCCUUGUUGAAGCAGCAGCUGAAGGAGGUUCAGGGGGAGUUAGCUCAGCGUGUCGGUGAGAUCGUCUCCCUGCGAGGUCAACUCAGAGAGACUCGUGGUGAGCUGACCAACACGCAGGUCCUUCUUCAGGAGGCCAGCGGCACGUCUCGAACCCGAACGCUGGAGCUGGAGGUCUGCGAAAACGAGCUUCAGCGCCGGAAGAGCGAAGCGGAGCUGCUCAGAGAGAAAGUCGGACGGCUGGAGGCGGAGCUUGUUCACCUCAGAGAUGCUUUGGCCAAUCAGGCUUCAGGAAACAGACAGUGUCAGGUGUUCCAGGAGGCGGAGGAGCAGCUGCUGGCCUACGAGAGCGACGAGGCGAAGGCUCAGCGGCAGAGCGGCGCCGAGGCUCUGCAGAACAUGAAGGCUCAGAUGGACAGGAUGAGGACGGAGCUGGCCUUCGAGCGGCAGCGGGCCGAGCAGCAGGCGGGGAGCUUCGAGGAGGAGCGCAAGAUAUGGCAAGAGGAGAAGGACAAAGUGAUCCGCUACCAGAAGCAGCUGCAGCAGAACUAUGUGCAGAUGUAUCGCAGGAACCGAGAGCUGGAGCAGCUGCUGCAGGAGCUCAGUCACGAACUGGAGAGCCGAGAGGAGGACGAGGGCAGCGGCAACGAGAUCAACUUCGACGAGAUCGCCGCCACAGAGAUAUGACCCUCGUGUCUCUCUCGUCUUUUUUUUGAUUUGCACUACUGUCAAGAUCUUUUUUUUUUUUUCACUUUUCAUGUCACAGAUCUGAUCUCUAACGUGCUGGA